AUGGGAGGUCGUGCUUUUGCUUCUCAUAUCCCACCCAUCAAGACGCCUCGUAUGACUCAGGAGGUCUACGAUAAAGCUCUCAAAGUCACUCAAGCCAUUUUACGAAAAUUCUACUCCAAAGUUGCAAGUUGUAUUGAGGGGCCUGGCAAGACUACUUAUGGGGAUGUCGAUAUUCUUGUUACCUCUCCUUUGAAAAAUGCGUUCUCUUCAGAAGAAUUAGUCGCAGACAGACUCAAGAAAGCUUUGAAUGCAGUAGCCUUCAUACAAGUUGAAGGCAAUCCUACUAUCAAUUUUGCAGUUCCUGGGCCAGACGAAUCAAUCAACAACAUGGUAGGCGAGAUUGGGAAGAAUCUGACCAAGUUUAAAGAUAAUGCAUCAGAGAGGUGGUAUAUUCAGGUCGAUGUUCAUACAUGUAAAGAUGUCCAUGAAUUCGAAUGGGAGUUAUUUCAUUCUGCCCAUGGCGAUCUAUGGAACAUAAUUGGUACAACCAUCAGAAGAUUUGGACUUACCAUCAAUAACCAUGGAUUGUUCAUUAGGAUUCCUGAAAUAGAGUUGGCUAAUAGGAAGAAGAGCAUGGUAUUUCUGACUGAUGAUCCUGGCAAGAUUCUCGACUUCUUAGGCUUAGAUCAGGACAAAUGGUGGAGACGUUUCAACACUCAACAGGAAAUGUUUGAAUACGCUGCUUCUUGCCGAAUGUUUUGGGUCAGAGAUGUGGUCGAAGACGAAGCAGAAGGAGAUGUCAUCGGUCAAGAGCGUGGAGAAGAAGGUAAGAAAAAGCUAAAGCAUAAUGACCGACAACGAUUGGCAAAACGCCCUAUCUUCAGAGCCUGGGUAGAUGAAUUUAUACCUCAGUGUCGCGAAGAAGGAAAGUACAGCGAUGGUAAAAUCACGAGGGAAGAAAUUCGAGAUGAAGCUUUUGAAAAAUUUGGUAUCAAGAAGGAAUACGAGGCCAGGCAACACGAUUGGUAUCUUGCAAGACAUCUAGUAGAAUUGGUGAACGAUGGUAUCAAGAGCAAUAUUCCUGUGGAUGGAGUAAAUGGCCAAAUGAGGGCGGCAGCCACGAAGGUUUUGAAGGGUGUCAUCAUGGAGGGAGAGCUAUACGACGGAAGUAUACCGGCAACUGCGAUGAAGGAUGAGAAGGGCUUCUACAAUCUUGAGCUGGUCAAAUAUUUCGUUGCCGAAAAUUGGGAGAACGCAGGUAGGAUUGGAAUGGCAAGGCAAAUAGUGAAAGCCAGGGAAGCUACGGAGGCGAAAGCUAAGAAGAAGGCAAAGGCUGAGCGUGAUCCUGGUCUCCAAACGUGA